GUCGGAGCAGCGUGCUGCGCGUGGAUGGCCAGCUGGCUGCCAUGUACCGUGCUCGUCUCGAUGUUGUCGCCAUGUACCGUGCUCGUCUCGGUGUUGUCGCCAUGAUUCAUCGCCUCGGCGCGCCUGCGAUGGGCAAGGGCCGCGGUCCUGGUCGGUCGCCGUGCCCCGGCUUCGCCCCGGCAAAGAAGAAAUAUUUCUGAAAAACAUGGCGAAAUCGAAAUUUAGGACGCAGCAACGGUCAAGAUGCGCUCGUCGUACGAGACCAUCCAGCGCAAGCGGCGCCGGACGUUCCAGGCGUCGCCGAGCGCAACCCGCGUGCUCCUCGACCUGGGGCUCAUGAGCUUCGUCGCCGACUACCAGGAUGGCAUCUACCUCUGCUUGCGCCCGUACUUUCUUGGGCACAAGGUGCUACCGGGCCGGCUCGACGCGGUCCUUGGCGACAACAUGAUGGCGCUCCUCUACGUGAGCAACCGGCGCGCACGCGUGUGGCUCAACGUGCUCGCCGAGCACGACCUGGAGCUCGUCAAGCGGCUCGUGCGCUGCAAGGAGCUCGCGGCGCCCUUGCGGCUCUCGGACGCGCCGCACGGGACGCUCUCGUCGCGCGAGCUGCUCGACAUUGCGUCCGAGGUCGGCGACGUCCCCAUCAUGACAUACCUCCACGACCAAGGCAUGGGCUGCACGUCGUUUGCGAUGGACCGCGCCGCGGCCAAUGGGCAUCUCGACGCGCUCACGUUCUUGCACCACACGCAAGCCGCGCUUCCGUCCGACGACGUCUUGUACACGAUGGUCCGCGCGCUCUCACGCUGUAGCUGCAGCCGCGACCACAACGUCGGGCAGUUUGCAUGCAUGCGGUACCUCAUCGAAGCGGCCAUUGUCACGCCAAACGCCGCCAUCCGCCACGGCGACGAAGUCAUGCUCUCGCUCAUCCAGCUCGGGCGCGUCGACAUGGUGCGUCUCUUCCACGAACAUGGCUUUACGCAGCUCUUUCGGUCGGGCGCGCUGGACGCGGCCGCAAGCCGCGGUGACCUCGCCAUGGUCACCUUUCUCCAUGCGCAUCGACCCGAGCGCGCGACCACCGCGGCCAUGGACCUCGCAGCGACGCAUGGGCAUCUGGACGUCGUGCGCUUUCUACAGACACAGCGCGACGAAGGCUGCACGCCGCGCGCACUUACGGCCGCGACCACGGGCGGGCAUUUCGAGGUCGUCGCGUACCUCCAUGCGAAUCGCCCCGAGCGCUGGCUCCACCCCGAGACCAUCGACGCGCUCGCCGCGCAUGGCGACCUGCCAAUGCUGCAGUUUGUCCUCGCCAACGACGAGGCGAAUGCAGUUGUGACCAAGCAAGCACUCAGCGCCGCGAUAUGCCGUGGCCACGUCGCAAUGGUCGCGUGUCUCCAUACCGCGCGACCGACGUUGGCCGCCCGGCGCAUGGCGGUCGUCGACGCCCUCGACCAAGGGCACUUGGGUGUCGUCGAGUACGUAUUACUGCACCUUCCGGAAGGCCGCACGAGUCGGCUCUUGGCCGGGCUCGUCCGCGGCGGCCAUGCGACUCUGGUCCAAUCGUUUGUAGAAGUGCAAAGUGACGCAGUGAGCACGGCGACGCUCUGGGACGCGCUCGCGUCGAACGAUCGCGUCACGAUGACAUACCUCUUUACGCGCUUUCUGCAUCUCUCGACAGCGUACCUUGUCAACCGCAUCGUCCAGCGCAACGACAAGGCGCUGCUGGACCUCCACGUCAAGAACGCGCCGGAGCUCAUUACGUCGUCGGCACUGCACAUUGCGGCCAAGCACGGCUUCUUGCGGCUUCUCCAGUACCUUCCCGAAGGCACGCAUCGGGCGAUGGACUUGGCCGCCGAGCACGGCCAUCUCCGCGUCGUCAAGUACCUGCAUACGCAUCGAGACGACGGCUGCUCGACGUAUGCCAUGGACAAAGCCGCCGAGCAUGGCCACCUCUCGACCGUGAAGUUCCUUCAUGCGCACCGGGACGAGGGCUGUACGUCGCAUGCGCUCUCGCUCGCCGUACGCAACAACCAUCUCAAGGUCGCAUCGUUCCUCCUCAAGCACCGAACGGAAGGUUGUGUGCUGCAUGCACUGACGUCGGCGUGUCAGCGCCAUCUCUUUCCAUUGGCCAACAUGUUGCGCCAGCAUCCCAUUGGUCCGUGCUGCUGCGUCUCGAGUCCGUACGAGGGCACGGCCCUGCGGGAAGAGCGCGAGUGGUUUACGGGCAUGGUGAACCGUGACGCGCCAUGGUACCCGUCGGACGAUGGUGACAGUGAUGGGGCCAGUGACGAGGGCGAUGACACGGCGUUCGACUCGGACAGCGACGACGACUCGGACGGCGGCUUCCCGUACGACCCGUUCCACCGGAUGCUCGGCUGGUUUAUGUAGCCUUUCUGGCGCACACGCGGCGAUCUCGUGUGGGCGGUUCUAUGACAAUGUGCGUGGCUAACAAGCGUGGAUACUUGGAUACUUGGAUACUUGGAUUGUGCGCAAUGUGCAUUGUAUUUUUCACGGCCGACCGCUCGCUACAUGGUGCGCGCCGCCAGCCAGCCGAGUGGUGGCCGCUUCGACGGUGCAGUGUGUCAAGUAAUCGAGAGACAUGCGACGGACAAUGCUGCUUCUGGCUCAAUGCCGUAGCAGUGCGCCGAUGGUAAAACUGUCCUUGUCCACUGCCUAUUACAGAUGCGAUGGACCCUACCCCUCACGUCACCGCGCCACCGUGACCUCUGCCUUGACCUGGCGACACCAAAGCGUCUCGCAGUCGGCUCGCUUCCCGAGUUGCUGCAUGGUCUCGAUCAUGCGGCUCUGUCGAUCUUCUUGUUUGCAACGUCGUUUGUCGGUGAAUGAAGCUUGUUCGGAAUCGAAUGUCGCAUCAAGCACGCAACGGCUUCUACUAUCAUCCUCUCUCCCCAAACGUUUCAACUCGUUCAAAUAUCAAGUCAUUGCGUUAACUAACAGCGUGUCCUUCUUCGGCCAUCUGCCCGAGCUCCAACACCCUCCGUAUCGAAAAUUCCUCCACUUGCGGUUCCG